AUGUCCAGGCAAUCUACAAAAAAUAAGAAGAAGAAGCGCGAUGUUGACAGUGAUUCAUCGGGCUCGGAUGAUGAUGUUAUGCUACACUUCUUCGUUCCGGGAGAACGAAUCAAUGUCGAGGUAUUGGGCUUUUAUCUCUUUACCUACAUCGAUAAGACGCCGAAAGUCAAGACUUCUCAACAUCCAAAUGACAAAAAUCGGACGGGCUUCACUGUCACGGCCCGAAGUGGGCUGAGUGUGGCCAACCUUCGAGACAUAAUGAACGAUACGAGCGAUUGGGAACUCGAGAUGAGUGGCAAGGCGUUCAAACUCCAACCUUGUCGAUAUCACAAUUCGGCCACGGCCAAGCGACGACUACGAGUAGGCCCAUCCAAAUCGCAAGACGAGAUCGCAGCAGCGUCUCAACAGGCUCAGAUAAAAUCGACCAGUCCACAAAUCUCUAGCGGUGUCCCAGCUGGCGCAUAUAGUCAACAGCAACAAUUUCAGCAACACUAUCAGCAACAACAGCAGUCUGCCGACUUCCCAAGAUCAGGCCCUGGCUACUAUCCCGCUGCUUCUAAGCCAGAGCAGCCACCUAACACAUAUAAUAUACAUUAUACUGCAGUGAAUACACAGUACACUUCAAAUGCUCCCGGUGUAGGUGGGUUUACGAAAGAUUAUCCCAUGUCAAAUUACCCACCGACGGGGCACCCGCAACCUAUCAAUAGCACUUCCCAAGAGCCUCCACCAUAUGAAGUAGCGAACCCAAGAUCCUCAUCCUACGACCAACAAAGCCAAAGACUUCCACCAAGGAAACCUCAACCAGGACAGCCGGAUCCUGAUAGUUUUGACCGAGAUAUAAAGCCAACCAGAUCCUCGAAUAUGGAGAUGGCUCGUCAGGGAUCUACUGCGCCCGCAGAUGACCCAACUGAUCGAUACAUCAGCCCCAGUAGAGGGGGUGAAGCUUAUAGCGGCGGAUCUCAACGUCAAACUCCAUAUGACAUAUCAAGGAGAAGUGGACAUCGCAGUUGA